GCAACCAUGUUGUCACACUUAUUCGACACAAAGGUAAAAUUUAUUGUUCAGCUCCUAUUUUUGAACUAGCCUAUUUUUCAUUGCGUUAGAAGUACUGCAUUAGUUGGCAUACAGUUGUCAGUCUAUGUAAACUCCCUGCAUCUGCAAAGGGAGUGGAUCUGCCAUCCCUUCCCCCAUCAACACCACCAUCAUCACCGCCGGACCAGUGAACACCAGGCUCGGCACAUCAUUUCACCGUUAUGGCAAAUGAAUUCCCAGAAAACAGAGAAGGAACUGCCAACUCACGUCAUGCUAACCUCACGUCGUCUCUAGACCUGAGCACGUCUCUAGAUCACAGUGUGCAGACGCGAAUUUUUAAAAUCAUUGUCAUCGGGGACUCAAAUGUGGGCAAGACCUGUUUAACCUUCCGCUUCACCGGCGGAGCCUUCCCAUGUAAGACUGAAGCCACCAUCGGCGUGGAUUUUAGGGAGAAAGCCGUGGAGAUAGAGGGCGAGAAAAUAAAGGUACAAGUAUGGGACACAGCGGGCCAAGAGCGUUUUCGGAAGAGCAUGGUGGAGCACUACUACCGCAAUGUGCAUGCUGUCGUAUUUGUAUACGACGUCACAAAAAUGGCCUCAUUCCAGAACCUAAAGACCUGGAUUCAGGAGUGUAACGGGCAUGGGGUGUCAUCCGCAGUACCUCGUGUUCUGGUGGGUAACAAAUGCGACCUAGUUGACCAGAUCCAGGUCCCUUCCAACACUGCCCUUAAGUUUGCCGAUGCCCAUAACAUGCUACUGUUUGAAACAUCCGCCAAAGAUCCCAAGGAGAGCCAGAAUGUGGACUCCAUUUUCAUGUGCCUGGCAUGUCGUCUAAAAGCCCAAAAAUCCCUGAUCUACAGAGACGUGGAGAGAGAAGAUGGCCGAGUGAGGCUGACACAUCAGCCCGACCCUAAGAGUAACUGCCCGUGUUGAGGACCUUAAACUGUGAAAUUAUUAACAUUGAUGAUUCACAAUGCAAGAAUGUGCCUGCAACUAAUUUUAGUUACUUUAUGACAGCUGCUCCAUGAACUGUUUUUUUGGGGGGGGUCCGUGUGCUUAUUAUAUUUCAUGUUUUUUUGUUUUUUUUCCCCCCCAAAUACACCAUCACUAAAAAGGCAAAUCCCACUAAACCUGUUAAGAACAUGUUCAAGUUGUAUAUCAUCUCAAAAUCAAAAGAAAGAAAUGAUAAAUUAGGUUUUUUUCCUGAAAGACAAUUAUGCUAUUUAAGAUGCCAGUUUUUGCAUUGUGACAUUAUUUCCAUGAUAAUUAAGCACAUUUUCAUCAUUACUGGAGUUAAAACUAAAAUACUUCCUUUAAUUUAUGCUGAUAUAAUAAAUAUAUAUAUUACAGAAAUAACAAUCUAAUGACAAUCAUCUUUUUUAAAAACAUCCAAAAUCAUCAAUUGAAAGUAAAACAUCCAUAUUUUGAUAUUUCUGGUGAGGAAAUGUGCUAAAUUUCCAUAAAAAAUAAUGUCAAAGUGCAAAAAGUUCUGAUGGCCCUACAAUGUUUCUUUUUAUUUAUUAAAAGAAAAUGCAAGGUGGACAUGUUAACACAAGAUUUUACCCAUGUGUAACACAUAUUUUCAGUCCUUCAUGCUUAAUUCAGGGCACAUUUUACCACUUAAAGGUUUGAAGAAACGUGAGAUUUGUAGGAUUUACAGUUAUUUGUUUCUGCCACACAUUUGUUUGGAUUCAUCCAUCAGCAUAAAAUCAAGUCUAGAUAUCGCUUAGUGAAAAAAGACAUAAUAUCUCCAUCGUCACUGGCUUAUGGUCUUAAUGUUUUAGCCGUCAGAACCUGCACUUGGAAUCUAAACCUUCCAGCACUGCAUGAGCAGUUACACAUGAGUUUCUACAGUGAUCAUUCAGAUGUUUGUAUUGCUUAAAACUUAUUUUUGCCACCCUUGCAAGUUGUUUGUCAUAGCCUUGUGGUUACUCACUAAUAUUUCUCCCUCACUUACUGCAUGGACACAUUUGAAACCCUUUAAAAUUAUGAACUGUUAAAACAUAUUCUGAUGAUUAGCAUUAAAUAGUUAGUGACCCAAAUAUUAAUGUAAUCUGAUAACAGUCAUAAUUUACCACAUGCUCAUAUCCAUGCACCUUGGGAAAGAGUGUAACCAUGUGUGAAGUUUUAUGUAGCAUCACAGUAUUUCACCAGCUUAAGGUGGUUCUUCCAAAUGCAUAAACACUCAAAUAUGAACAAAAGCAAGGUUCAAACAGGCUAAUGAUUGUUACAUUUUAAUUCAAAAGAACCAGAAAAUAGUGAUUUUACCUUGACAAAGAAUGGCAGUUUGAGUGUUUUUGUGGAAGGGGUUGCUGAUGAUGUAGAAAUGUUGAUUAUCAAAUGAGCGAGUGCAAUUUGGUGCCCCUGUGAUUGUUUUUGUUUUGUUUUGAUUUUGUGUAACCUCUAUCCACUGCUUAUUUUGUUCUUUCAGUUCUACAGGAGAAGUUGCAGUUUUCUGUGUGGUUUCAAAUGCUUUCAGAUUCAUAAGAGAAUUCUCUGGUUUCAACAGUGUUAGCCUUAUAUCUGCUGAAGAGAUUGAAGCCUUAUAUCUGCUGAAGAGAUUGAAGCCUUAUGAUUUGUCUUGUUUUUGUGCCCUUGCUGUGUGAUAUGUUAUGUUAUGUAUGUUUGGUUUUAAGCACCAAAUUAAAUCUCAAAUAUCCUGAAGCACUGAAUCUUUUAUUAGCUGAGAAACACUUUAAAACAUUAACAGUUAUUGGAGUUCAUGUUUUAGAGAAACAAAGCAUAGAUGAUUUUUGCACUGAAGAAGUGAUUUUCCAAUGUUGGUAAUUAACAUAUGGUGAAAACCGUAUUGCAUUUGUAAAAUCCUACUCAACAGAAAUUAUUCAUUGAUUUACUUUGUACAGUAUUAGCAAUACUAAUAGAGAGCAUGCAACAAUAAGCAUCCUGCUGUCAUAAAUAAUUCCAAUAAACAAAGAUGAGUUAAA